AUGUUUGUCGUUUGUCCCCUCAAGCCCGGCACCAUGAGCCCACCAAUGUUUCUAAUGAUCUUUAACGCCAUGCUGACCGGUACUGUGGCGUCGUCUAUUGCAGCAUAUCAGCCUUCGUCACAACGAAUGGCCAUCAUCGUUGCAGGCAUUGCUUUUCAGGGUCUUGGGUGGAUCUUGUGCAUUUUAUUCCUUCCGCUCUUCGUGGGUUCAUCAGGAUACACCAUUGUAGCUCUCAUUGGGUGCGCCAAGGCGAUCCCCGACGAAUACGGAUAUUUUGCGAAUCACCCUACUGCUUCAGAAACCCUGAACGUUGUGGCAUUGUGGAUAGGCAUAUUCCUUUGGCUCUUCACAUUCUGGCUUUUCGCGAUUGCGCUGGUCGCUCACUCUACCCAUUAUGAUUCUAAAUGGGGCAAUAGUAUGCUUGAAGCCACAGAUGAGCUUCACACUUCCUUGGUGGGCCAUCAUCUUCCCCAAUGUUGGCUUCACAAUUGCCACGAUUUACAUUGGCGAGGAGCUGGAAACCAACGCUAUAGCUGGUUGCAAACAGCCAUGACUGUGCUUAUCUUUGCGGCAUGGCUCAUGGACUUAUUCCUCCAUCUAAAGUCUAUAUUCCAAAAGCGCAUCAUGUAA